AUGUCUCCCGCCGACAGACUGUCUCAGAUAUCGAGACACGUUGACUACGCCGGACAGGACAUUCCGUUGAACACACCCUACUCCAUCGAUCGAGACAACCAGAGCUCCCAGUCAAGUGCGUUCAGAGGUCCGGAGCAGAAGCGAGAUCUGUCCCAUUCAGCUGUGUCGUUAGAGGAAGAAGGAAAGAGAGCACAGCCAGCGGCAGCGAAGAUGUCGAGCCAACCACCUCACCCGACCCUCCUCAUCCCAGGACCCAUCGAGUUCGACGAUGCCGUCCUCCAGUCCAUGAGCCACUACUCCGAGGCUCACGUCGGCCAGCCAUUCGUCAACAUCUUUGGUGAGGCAUUGACGAUGCUGAGAAAGGUCUUCUUGACCACCAACCCAGCGAGUCAGCCAUUCAUCAUCUCCGGAUCUGGCACAUUGGGCUGGGAUCAGGUUGCUGCCAACCUGUGCGAGCCAGGCGAUGAGGCAUUAGUACUGCACACAGGAUACUUUGCCGAUAGCUUUGCAGACUGCUUCGAGACAUACGGCGUCAAGGCAACACAGCUGAAGGCACCAAUUGGUGACCGGCCACAACUGCCAGAGGUCGAGAAGGCAUUGAAGGAGAAGAUGUACAAGGUCAUCACAAUCACACACACCGACACUUCGACUGGUGUCCUAUCUGAGAUCAAGCCUAUAUCGGAGCUGGUCCGCAGAGUAUCACCAGAGACUCUGAUCAUCGUCGAUGGUGUCUGCAGUGUAGCGUGUGAAGAACUCCGCUUCGACGAAUGGGAUGUUGACUGCGCGAUCACCGCAUCACAGAAGGCUCUCGGCACACCCGCCGGUCUUUCCAUCGUCAUGGCAUCCGGCCGCGCAAUCGAAGCGUUCAAGGCCCGCAAGACACGGCCAGCAUCCUACUUCGCCAGCUGGAAGAACUGGAUCCCAAUCAUGCAAAACUACGAAGCCAAGAAGCCAUCCUACUUCGCCACACCACCACCACAACUCGUCCACGCACUUCACACAUCACUGACCCAGAUCACAUCACGAUCAAUGGAAGAGCGCUUCGAAGACCACAAGAAGGUCAGUCAGGCAGUUAAGAAGGCAGUGAAGGAGCUUGGCUUGAAAGAACUUGCAGUCCGACCCGAGAACGCCGCCAACGGCAUGACUGCCAUCUACCUCCCUGAGGUAUCCGGCAAGUCUUUGACUCCACCCGAGGUGCUCCCAAGUCUGCUCAAGAAGGGCGUCAUCUUCGCUGGUGGUCUGCACAAGGAGGUUGCGACCAAGUACAUUCGGUUCGGCCAUAUGGGUGUCAGCGUGACGGAUCCCAACCGUGGGGAUAUCACGAAGGCCGUUGAUGCUCUGAGGGAAGCGUUGACGGAGGCUGGAUAUAAGGCGCCGAACUAG